AUGGUGGGCUUGGGACCAAAACGCAAGCCUUCCCGCAAGGGGUCUAUGGCCGAUGUGCCAAAGAACUUGCUGGAAGAGAUUGCCAACCUCGAGAACAUCUUCACUGUUGACGCUGCUAAGCUCAAGCAGAUCACCGACCACUUUGUGUCCGAGUUGACAGCCGGUCUGGAGAAAGAUGGGCAAAAUAUCCCUAUGAACCCUACCUGGGUCAUGAGCUUCCCAGAUGGAGAUGAGCAGGGAACUUUCCUCGCCUUGGACAUGGGUGGUACAAAUUUACGAGUGUGUGAGAUCACCCUCACCGAAGAGAAGGGAGAGUUCGACAUCAUUCAGAGCAAGUACCGUCUUCCAGAGGAACUCAAAACUGGUACCGCAGAUGAGCUGUGGGAAUAUAUUGCAGACUGUCUGCAGCAGUUUAUCGAAUACCACCACGAGGAUGAAGAUCUUACCGACAUCCCACUUGGUUUUACCUUCUCUUAUCCCGCCACACAAGAUGCCAUCGAUCAUGGCGUUCUACAGAGAUGGACCAAGGGCUUUGAUAUCUCUGGUGUAGAAGGAGAGGAUGUCGUUCCUCAAUUCCAAGCCGCCCUCGAAGCACGAAAACUCCCCAUCAAGCUCGCCGCCCUCAUCAACGACACCACUGGCACCCUGAUUGCUUCGGCAUACACUGAUCAAUCCAUGCGGAUCGGAUGCAUCUUCGGCACAGGCUGCAACGCCGCCUACAUGGAGAACUGUGGCUCCAUACCCAAACUCAAGCACUUGAACCUCCCUGACGACACCCCCAUGGCGAUAAACUGCGAAUACGGGGCCUUUGACAACGAACACAAAGUCCUCCCCAUCACCAAAUACGACACCAUCAUUGACGAAGACUCCCCGCGCCCAGGCCAACAAGCGUUCGAAAAGAUGAUCGCAGGCCUGUACCUAGGAGAGAUCUUCCGCCUGGUGAUUGUCGACCUACACGAGAACAAGAACAUCCUAUUCGAAGGCCAGGACAUCUCCGCUCUCAAGAAACCCUACACACUAGACGCAUCCUUCCUGUCCUUCAUCGAAGAAGACCCCUUCGAGAAUUUACAAGAGACACACGACAUGCUCGAGGAAAAGCUGAAGCUCGCCGCCACAAAACCCGAGCUGGAACUCCUCCGCCGUCUCGCAGAACUCAUCGGCACGCGCGCCGCCCGCCUCUCAGCCUGCGGUGUCGCCGCCAUCGUCAAGAAGAAGAAUAUCGACACCUGCCACGUCGGCGCGGACGGCAGUGUAUUCAACAAAUACCCGCAUUUCAAACAGCGUGGUGCGCAAGCCCUGCGAGAGAUUCUGGACUGGCCCCGUGGUAAGAAAGAUCCCGUCGUGCUCCUGGGUGCUGAGGAUGGAAGCGGCGUGGGAGCGGCGCUGAUUGCAGCGCUGACGAUCAAGCGUAUCAAGGAGGGCAAUACCAUUGGUGUCAAGGGCCAUGAGCAUUUGAAGAAAUGUUGA